UCUGUUUUUCAAAAUCCGCGAGGGAGAUUGUUCUGCAUGACACCAGCUCUCUUUUUAAAACACGUUGACCAAACAGCUGUUUUAUCAAAAUAGUCACCCAACUUUAAAAAGUGGUCAUACAUCAACUUUAAAACUUUAAAAAGUGGUCAUAUCUUCAUUUUGUGGCCUUAAACAGGCCAUUGGCCCGAACUUAAGGGCAAACUGCGACCUCCGUCGAGAAUGGAAAAUGUAACGGUAUGGGAAGAGUUAUCGAAUCUUCCUGCGGAUCCUCCGGCCAUGCGGGCGAUGUGCAAGAUAUGCUGUCGGCCGGUGAUAGCUUGCUGGUGUUCCGCUCUCCCUCCCCUACCGCUGAAUCCCCGAGGCAGAGUUAUUCUUCUUCAGCAUCCCGCGGAAGAAAAGCGUGCGCUGCGAACGGCCCCAAUGUUAUCAGUAGGACUAGCCCCCGGCAAAUGUCUCAUUUACAAGGGCAAAAAGUUCCCGCGAAAUGACGAGGAACUCGAAGCGAUCUUGUGCGAUAAGCAGUCCCUGUUGCUGUACCCCAGUUCAACUUCGAUACCAAUCGAAAAAAUUGAUCCCAACGGUGGACCUUAUAACCUGGUUCUGAUCGACGGCACGUGGCCCCAGGCGAAAGGCAUUUACAGCAGCUCCACGAUUUUGCAUUCCAUGCGGCAAGUGAAACUCGUAUCGUCUGGCACAAGCAACUACAUCAUCCGUACCCAACCGACGGAGGGUUGCCUCAGCACGCUGGAGACAGCCAUCGAAGCACUGAGUAUCAUGGAGCGGGAUAAUCGGUAUCGCGAGCAAUUGCUCCAACCUCUGCAUGCCCUCUGCCAGUACCAACUGUCCAACGGAGCAGUUACGCAUCAGUCGAAAGAGUUUCUUAUUCGCCAGAAUCAAUAUCCCAAGCUGAUCGGUCGUCGUUUGAACCAAAUGCUUAAACGAGCCGAAUACCUCAAAGAAGACCACACGCCUGACGAUGGAACGCAAGCUGUAUCAGAAAGCAAAUAGUAGAUACGGUUAUGUUGUAUGGUGAUUGUAUGAUUUUAUUAUACCACUUUAUACUGUACUGAUUUCAUAACAUAAAAUAGAGCAUAGCUUUGUUAUAGGUAUAUACAUUCACACAGCAGAAUUACUGACAAAAACUGCACACGUUCGGUAUCGAAUAUAGGGCAAUCGCUUUCAUCGUUCCAGUCGCCAAAUCAUUUCCAGCGCUGGUCUGAUUUGCUAUUAUUGUUAAACUCAUCCCAAGCCUAGAUCAACGCAACGAAGCAUAUUCUGGAAUGCAUAUAAUCAGUAUUUCGCGCUUAUUUUCUUCUUUUUAAAUCUCACUUGUAAUUGUUCAAAAUGUAAAUUGAUAACAAAUGUGGAUAUUCAUUUAGCUCUUUGUGUGGUUUUGGUGUCGCACGUCUAAACUAUGUGUGGCUGGAAUUACUUCAGUGCUCACACUGUCCAUGUGCUCAGAUUUAUUGAAGACUUGUAUAUCUUUUUACCACGAUCAACUAUUUCUGCGAAUCGCGUCCUGAAUGUAAGCGAAAUAUUUGAAUGCUUUAUUCAUUGUUUGUGAGCGUUUGUCCUUUGCUGCAGUAAAAAAGCUGAUCGAGCUGCGCUCCCAUUUACUACUUCCUAAACGAAUACCUCUUAGAAAAGAGAAAUAAACAGUUUUUAAAACUAAAAAAACUGUAAAGAAAUAUUAUAAACUAUUUUAGUCACAGCAGAUAGCCAAGUAGUUUGAUUUGCGCUUUGAAAACGAGUAUACUUUCUGAGAUAAUGCCACAUUCCCCGGAUUAUGUACAACAAUACUAGAGCUAAUUGCGAACAGUGACGCUGGGGGUGACUUUUUGUUCAGUACGGGUUGCAACUUAAGAGCUCAUGAACUCAAUAAUUGGAAUAAUCAAACACAAUGCACUCGUUUGCCGAGUACAUUUCAUUGGUUACAGACAUUAGACCAUUCUAUUACUUCUAACCAUAUUUAAUCUUGAGUUUUUACGGCUCUUUCGCCCUACUCUAAAUGGUGUCCAGUGACUAUUUGACUUAAUAAUCUUCUUACCAGCUGCUGUUGACUCCUUUUUGCACGAAUACUCACGCUAGGUAGUAUUCGUAUAUAUAUUGACUACUAACACUGUCUUUUUUGGGUUUCCUCAGAUUUUUGUAAGUAACUGCGAGGAAUAUCUGCACCACCAUAUCGAUGUUCAGUUGAAUAUUUUUUGCCUUGUUUCUUCACACCUAACCGCACUUCACAUUAAGGAGAAUAUCAUAUAUAGAUUUGCAUAAAAAUAGAUCAUUUUUGUCAUUUCUACUGAAGCACAACAGCCCACAGCUUUUCAAGCUAAUGCAGUGCCUUACCGGCUGUUAGCAUUUUUUUUUGUGUUGUAUAUUGCACCUUUUCGGGAGAAGGCGAGUGUUUGAGUACAGUUUUUCCAAAGUGUCUAACACACUACAAGAGAUUUGUAAAAAAUGUGAAAAAGGUUGCUCGCAAUCAAACCUUCUUCCAAAGGGUUCCACUUCCUGUAACAUGAUAGCCUGCCGGAAGUUUUCAUUAUGAUGCAUUGCUGAAACAACAUCGGCGCGUCAUUCUUCAUUGCCGAACUCAAAUAAGAAGUCUUGAAAAUAAUUAUCUUCUAUAACGACUUCGUCCUUCGAUUCCUUCGUCUUCACUCUGUACCGUUAUCUGCGUGAUGGAAAGUGUGUUUAAUAUGAGUUUGUUCGCGUAUUGCCUGUGCUUAUUUUUGGAUGGCGACUCACAAUGCAAUAUUUGGUUUAGCCUGUGCAUUCUACUGUAGCCAUCAAAAGCUCAUUUCACAAUGAUUAAUGGUACGUUGCAAUGGUUAGCAAAAUCUCUUAACAUUUUCUCAUCACUUCUCCUAGCAAUUUUAGCCCAUGGUUCUCAUGUUUCUAAUCAUCAUCCUCAUGAACUAGCGCUCAGAACCGUGUCUUUCUU